CAGCAGCAGCAGUGUGUGUUCUCAUCACGAGUGCUGAGCAGAGAGCGAGCGAGCGGGGCUGAACUUAACCCAACACCACCGCCUUCUUCACCCAGCACCUCCACCCAACCAACGCCGCACGCGACAGGGACCACACGGGAACACUCAGGCUGUCCAGAGUUCCCCCAUUUCCUCCUCCUCCUCAACAUGUCUGUUGGCAGUGACUUUGGAAACCCUCUAAGGAAAUUCAAACUCGUCUUUCUCGGGGAGCAAAGUGUUGGAAAGACGUCCCUGAUCACCAGGUUCAUGUAUGACAGCUUUGACAACACCUAUCAGGCCACAAUUGGAAUUGACUUCCUGUCGAAAACCAUGUACUUGGAGGAUCGAACGUGUCCUCGGCUGUCUCUCUCUGAACCCCAGGUGAGGUUGCAGCUCUGGGACACAGCGGGACAGGAGCGCUUCCGGAGCCUCAUCCCCAGUUACAUCCGGGACUCCACUGUGGCCGUGGUGGUCUAUGACAUUACAAAUGUGAAUUCAUUCCAGCAGACGUCAAAAUGGAUUGAGGACGUGAGAACAGAGAGAGGAAGUGAUGUCAUCAUCAUGCUCGUCGGCAACAAAACAGACCUGGUGGAUAAGAGGCAAAUCACAAUUGAGGAAGGCGAACAGAGGGCCAAAGAGCUGAGCGUCAUGUUCAUCGAGACCAGCGCCAAGACGGGCUACAACGUCAAGCAGCUGUUUCGACGUGUGGCCGCUGCUCUUCCGGGAAUGGAAAGUAUGCAAGAAACGAGCAAAGAAGGGAUGAUCGACAUCAAGCUGGACAAACCGCAGGAGCCCCAGACUACCGAAGGCGGAUGCUCCUGUUAAUACUCGGCACCUUCAUGGAACAAAAACAAAACAUCAUUCACGCCACAUGCUUGUUAUGUUGCUUCCUAUUGGUUAACCUGCAGUUGACUUUGCACGUUGAGAAUCUGGCCUCCUCAUCUGACUAUUGGUCAUCGGUUGGAACUAGCAAUAUGUGAAUUUGGUUCUUAAAGUAGUGUAGCCCACUUUAUUAAUGAAACUGCCAAAAAGUCUGACAAACAAAAGAGAUACAGAGAAAAAAGACAACGGUGUGAAAAAGAACCCCAACUUCCAUAUGUGGAUACAGGUUUGUUUUUUUUAAGUAGAAAAGGAAGUUUCCCCAGUUUCUUUUUUGUAUUUUUGUAUAUUCAGGUAAAUCUCUCUGGAAAGGUUUUUUUUUUUAAAGAUGCAAACAGCUCUGUAUUUGAUGGCGUGAUAAGAGCGGGUGGUUUUAGACAUAUUUUUAUGGAUCCCACUUGUUAGAGGCAAAAAUGGAAGUCCUCCCCACAUUAUUACCCAAAUGUGUGUCACGAGAAACCUUUAUUGAUCCCCUGACCGAGCCAUUACACUUAAACGCCUCAAGGUGUAUCACUGAGACACAACCAGUUUAAACCUGGAGGUUUCAAAUAUCUUCUAUCUUCAUAGCAUUAUUAUAGCAGCAAACAACUGUUAUCUGGAGGAAUUAUCAUGUGGCGGUUACCACUGACGGAGCAGAAGGGGAGCAGCCAACCGCCACAAAGUCAAAUCGUAGUUUGAUCCAGUUUGAAAGUUGCAUGAAUUGCACACAUAAUGUUUUCAAUCCAAAAGAUAGUUUUGCAUGUCAAAAAAAGUCAGUUUAUUGUAGUACCAUUGAGUUCUGUGUUAAACUGUUCAAUGGGUCACGAACACCAAUUCGGACAUUACUUUGGCUAGUUAGUUCGCUGGCUUGCUAUCUAGUUAAUUAGCUUAGCUAGCUAGCGUGGCUGUGUGCUGAACAGCUGUAAUGUUGUUCUCUUACUCGAUGUGUUGGUAAAGGGAAAGAAAAAAGCGAGACCCGUUUGUUGUCGCGAGUUUGAAUCACAGGCGUUGUAGCUUCAAGCAAGAGACUUUCCUGACGUGAAAUAUUUUUCUUUUAAACUGACAAACAUCACGUGUGCAAUUCAUGUCAAAACAGGAUAUUCAAAAUACAUUUGUGUCUCAUUGACUACGAUAAGUAUUAUUCCUAAAUAAGGCCCCAUGGAGGUCCACUGGAAAGGAGUCUGACUUCCCCUCUAUAGAAAACCUUUAAGCCUAAAAAGCCUCAGGUUUGGAGAGCCAAUCACAGCUCUCCUGCCAAUAACCAUCGUGGGAUCCAUAAUUCUUUGCUCCGGUCUUUCAACAGGAACCGAACUGCAACAUCUUGAGUAUCUAAUGCAUGCCUCAUUUUUUGAGCAUAGGUACUGUCUACCAGUGUGCACAAGUUUUAAUAUGUAAGCGGUAACAUUGCGCCAGUGACUUACCACACUCUGAUAAUAACUUGUCUUUUUGUUCAUGGGAACUGUCGAACUGGAUUUGUAUACUUGACUUCAGAAUAUCUCUUUGUCGUGUGUGUGUAAAUGUGUGCUUUUUGUAGAGGCAACGCUAGAAUGCAGUCACGUAGAGGGCCACUGCCAAUUCUUUACAUUCUCGCCACAUUACGGUACCACGUAGGUGACCAUUUGUUUGCGGUGUGUCAUAGCCCCCCCACCACCACCACCACAACAAUAUCUGUUGCAUUGUGUGAUAUAUUGGUAGUUAUGAUUACUGUAGUCUGCACAUGCGCUUUAGGGGAGUGAUGGAGGAUCGAAGCCCUCGCCUGGUGUCACAAAGGAACACAGGGCCCCACAUGUGCUGGUCUGUAGACUCGAUGCUGGUUGUGGGAUCAACACGGACCGCUAAUGUUUUUAAGAACUGCUUCUUGUUCGGCAGAAGACACAUUUUCACUCAUAGACCUUUUUCAGGUUCAUAUGAAGUUCUGAAAAGCUUCAUCGUCAAUCACUUGAAUUCAGACCUGUCCGGUUGUCUCAUGGCGUGUCCCCCACUGGGAGAGGUUUUCUUUGCUGUUUGUGUUGACUACUGACGUUGGCAUUAUGCAAUAUAGUUUGAAUUUCAUUCAAUAACAUUUUUCUUAGAGCCAGGUAUCAUAACAUCCACGAUUGGUGAAGUCAGCCAGUGUUGUGAACACCACUUUGAUUCGUCUCUGAGGUGAAACCUUAAUGCACUUUGUGAGGAAUAUGUUUUAGAAUUAGUGACAAUGUAAGUCUUAGAAAACAUGGUUUGAAAAAAAAUAUAUCUACAGAACGCUUGGAGUACUGUGUCUUAGAGUAAACUCAAACGUUUAUGGAUUGUUCACACGUGUCCAAAAAGGGGAGCACUCCUGUGAGAACUAGUGAGCCUUUCUAACCCUUGUAGUGAGCCAAAUAAUAACAGAGAGAGGGAGAGAGAGAGAGAGUUGGAUCGAGUCUCAAAGAGAUAUUGGCUGGAAAGCCCUCUCUCGUGGGUUUGGGAGGGAUAAAGACGCGUUGCAUUUCAAGCUCUAAUCCCUCGGACUGAAGUAAUAAUGUAUCGACUCUCUGUGUUGCUGCCUCUUUAUUUUCACCAAACAGGAAUGUACUAGUCUCAUUACCGACCACACAGCCUUGUAACGAGAGCACUUUUUGAGAAAUUACUAUUUAUUUUUAAAUGAGGACAAAUGAAUAAUCAGUUUCUGUAGACGUUUCCUUUGUAUUUUUUCCCCUUCCAUGUUAAAGUAGAGUCCCAUUGAGAGUCCCAUUUUAGCGUUCCCUGGAAAUGGACCAACCAAUGUCUUGGGGUGUGGUGGGGGGGUGAACACUUGAGGAUGGAGGCCAUGGCAUAUACGCCCUUAUGUUCUUUCACAGCUCUGUGCAGCAGACCUGAUCAGGCUCUCCAUUCACAUUGUACAAAGAUCUAGCAUGUUUCUCCAAAUGAUUAAUAAAGAUGUCUUAUUACCAAAGCCA